CUCUUGGCUCCUCCCCCUUCCAGGGAGCCGCAGAGCUUUUCCUCCUCCGACCAGUAGUAUCCCGCUGCUAGCUCUCCUUCGUUUUAAUUGACUGAUUCAAGCACUGAGGCCGCGCCCCGGCCAAUCAGUGAGGGUGUUUUGGAGAAGGGGCUUCCUCGCGCGUGAUUCAAUUCAAACCGCCUGGCCUCAGCCGUGCGUGCCAGUGGCGGUUGUGGCUGUGUUCGGGUGAAGGGCAGCCUUGGCGAGCUGGUUCUUGCUGUUGCUCAGGCUGGGGAGCGAGCGGACUCCAUCAGGCCGGCUGCCGUCCGCAAUCAUUCGCAGGAAUGUCAGUUGAACUGAAUCUGCCAGACAAAACAUCACUGACAAAGCAAGACAUGGAAAACAAAGAAAAUGCGAAUAGUCCUGCCUGGAACCAAGUGGGCCAUGCUCUGGGGAAAAGUUCAGCAUCUCCAUCAUCCUUGAAUUCUUCUGUUGUCCUGAAGCAAACUACUAGAAGUAUAAACUGGGACCCUGACACUGUUACAACUGCUGCUGUUUCCAAAGCAGAGCCUGCUGAGAUGAAAAAUGUGCGCAUUUCAUUCAGUCAGACCUUCUUACUCAAGAAAAAUACAAAAGAAAAGCAGCAGAAUUCUAGUGUGCACCUUCCAGAGAAGCGUGUGCUUGGUUCCUAUCGUGGCAAGAUAGUUUCAUCUAAGAUAAACUCCUUCAGAAAACCAUCAGAGGAUGAGGAGAGAAAGAAUUCUUUGACUGCUCCUUCUAAGCCAGUGGCAAAGACUGAGCCCAGAAAGAAUAGGGUUACUAACACAGGGAAUGCUUCUAAACCCAUAUAUAUUGCAUCACUUCAAACCAAGCCUCCUGUUAAGGUAUUGGUUGCCCAGCCCAAAGCCAUCUGGAAGCAUGAGAAAGCACCAGUUAAGACUUCAGUGGUGAAUAAAGUGGCUAUCCAAAAAAAGCCCAAUAAGAAUUGGACACCAGUGUUAAAAACAGUACCAUGUAAUGCUGCUAACUCUGAACAAAGAACAAAGAAAGUGGUUCCACUGACAGAAGCUUUGGCAAGCUCUGCUUCUGAAAGUAAUGGUACUAAGCGCGUGUUGGCUUCAAAAACAGUUGGCAACAGGAAAAGUGCUCUGAUUCAGUCUGCAGAAAUGAGAAGAUCUCAGCUGGCUGAAUGGCAAGCAUCUAAAGGGAAAGUAUUGAAGAAGCCGCCUGCUCCCUUACCAACGGAUGCUCAGUGUGCAGCAGAAGCAGAACAAACCAUAAAAGAACCAACUGAAUUCUUCUGGGCUGCCAUUGCAGAGGAAGAUGAACAACAAUUAUUCAGAGAUAGGGUCAAUAAAACUCUCAUGGAAUGUCUGUCCUUAAUUGGCAAGGGUUGCUCAGCUGAUAAGAUACAUUCCACUUUGGAAGAGCUGAUACAAAACGUUCCUGAUGCAAAAAAACUUGCGAAGUAUUGGGUAUGCCGAAUGCGUCUUGAACAGUUGGGUACUCUGGAAAAGGUCAUGGCUGUCUAUGAGGAAGCAAUUUUGUCAGGAGCACAGCCUAAGGAUGAGUUACGUAGCACAUUAACGGAUGUCUUGAAAGAUUUAAAAAAUCUACCCAAAUCUGAUGGAGAAUGUAGAAAGAAAGAAAUGAUUCUCAGUUGCACUGUAGAAGCUAAUUUAGAAGAGGAGAAUAUAGAAGUCCAGUCAAAUAGCAAGCCUAACAAUGAAGAGACUCCUUUGAAAGCAGAAGCAUGUUUGAAGCCUGCAGAGGAGAGCAUUCUGGAUGAUGAAAAGGACAGAAUUAAAGAGUCAAGCCAAAUGCCUGCAGUGUGUAAAAAAGAAAAGGAUGUUAAUGAGACACAGAAAAGUGGAAUCUUAGACUUUAAAACCCCAGAAAAUGACAAUGCGGGGUCAUACUUGAUUAAGUAUAAUGUAUCAACUACUCCUUCCUUGGAAAGUAUGAAGAAAAAACUGCAGUGUGAAAAUGGUGAGUCUGCUGUUAAAGAUCUGAAACUUCUAACCCCAGUGAGACGUUCUCGGCGCCUACAAGGGAAGAUGUGCAAGUUACCAGAUAUGCUGAAAGAUCACAGUCCAUGUGUUUCUUCGCUGGAACAGCUUAGAGAACUGGGAGAGGAAGUCACUGCCUUUGUCUAUAGAUCAAAUAAUGCAUUACACAAAGUCAUGGAAGGGCAAAACAAAAUGUGACAUUACAGAAUUAAAACAAUGUCUUCAUGUAAGCAUGACUCCCAAUUUCAUGGUUAAACCAAUCACAUGGAAGGGUUGGUGGUGGCUGGUCUUAGCUAUAGUUAUGGUUUCAAUCUACACUGACUGUAACUAUGGUUAACCCAAACUUAAUUCCCUCUUACCCAGAGAAUCAGCUUAAUUGGUUAGAGGAUACGGCUUUUGGCCACAUUUUAGGCUGUUUGAGGGGAAGGGAAGCAAAAUUCUCACAAGAUGCAAAGGGAAUAGAGGGGUGUUUUGUCUUCAUCUAACCAAUAUUUUUAAAGAACAUUGUUCAGAUGCAGUUAGUAGCCAGGCUAUUAAAUAUAUGCUGUGUAUUAAAUAUUCCUGCAGUUCUAUAUUGCCCUUGUGCCUUUCAGUGUCAUGUAAAAAAUGUGUGUGAAGUCUCUGUCUUAAAACUGUUCUAACUUCUUACGGGCAGGGGGACAUAUUCCUUGGGAAAGAUGUUUAACACUAUAAAGUAUUGAAAAUUAGAAAAUAAUUUUAAGAACUUAGUAAAAUAAUAAAAAUAUUGGUGUUUUAUGGUA